UCAGUGGCAUUUAUGAGUUGCUCGGUGCUCCCCCUCACGGUGGAUCUCAGCAUGGAGCUCACUGUGGAGCAGCACCGCAUCCCACUGAAUGACGGCAACAGCAUCCCGGUGUUGGGGCUUGGAACCUACUCCCCCCCUGCUACGACCCCUAAAGGAACCUGCUUGGAAUCUGUCAAAUUGGCCAUAGACAUUGGAUAUCGUCACAUUGAUGGGGCUUAUGUUUAUUAUAAUGAGAAUGAGGUUGGAGAGGCAAUCAGAACAAAGAUAGCUGAAGGGAAGGUGAAGAGAGAAGACAUCUUCUAUUGUGGAAAGCUUUGGAAUACUUGCCAUCCCCCAGAACUUGUUCGACCAACCUUGGAAAAGACAUUAAAAACAUUAGGAUUGGAUUAUGUGGAUUUAUAUAUAGUCGAGCUGCCAAUGGCCUUCAAGCCUGGAGAUGCAAUUUAUCCAAGAGAUGAGAAUGGAAAGUACAUAUAUCACAAGACAGAUCUGUGCGCAACUUGGGAGGCAUUAGAGGAGUGUAAAGAAGCUGGCCUUGUAAAGUCCUUGGGGGUUUCCAAUUUUAAUCGCAGACAGCUAGAGCUAAUUCUCAAUAAGCCAGGAUUGAAAUACAAGCCCACUACUAACCAGGUCGAAUGCCAUCCUUACUUCACCCAACCAAAGUUACUGGAAUUCUGCAGACAGCACGAUAUUGUCAUUGUAGGAUACAGCCCAAUUGGGACAAGCCGUGAUGCAUCAUGGGUAAAUGUCUCCUCUCCACCUCUUCUAGAGGAUCCAACCUUAGUUCGCAUUGGCAAAAAGUAUGGCAAAACCUCUGCUCAAGUUGCACUGCGAUUCAAUGCUCAGAGAGGGGUUGUGGUCAUUCCAAAAAGCUUCAAUCUAAAGAGGAUCACAGAAAACUUUCAGAUAUUUGACUUCUCCCUGACUGACGAGGAAAUGAAGGACAUUGAAGUUCUGAACAAAAACAUUCGUUAUGUAGAGCUGUUAAUGUGGAGCGAUCAUCCAGAAUAUCCCUUUAAAGAUGAAUAUUGAGUGGGAACAAGUACAGCAUUCUUCUUCCUCUAGUCAACAUUGUGGUGGUAAUAAUGAUGAGGGUGAUCCUCCCACCUAUGUGAGUUAAAGAGAAUCAAUACUGAUGCGGCAAGACAUGAAUCCAGCCUGUAGCAACUGCAUCUCAAAGAAGAAUGUCUGCAGCUAUGAUAAGUGUCAGUCCUGGCUCGCUACACCCCCCUGCAGCCUACUUUGGUAUUAUCUAACUAAAUUUCAAUACACAUUUUCUAUACAAUCUC